CUCGCCAUGCCGACUGUCAGCGUGAAGCGCGAUCUGCUCUUCCGAGAGCUGGGCCGGACCUACACUGACGAAGAAUUUGAUGAGCUAUGUUUCGAAUUCGGUUUGGAACUUGAUGAAAUUACUUCUGAGAAGGAAAUUAUAAGUAAAGAACAAGGUAAUGAAAAGGCAAAGGGAGCAUCUGAUGUUAUUCUUUACAAGAUCGAUGUCCCAGCCAAUCGAUACGAUCUCCUUUGUCUGGAAGGAUUGGUACGAGGACUUAAAGUCUUCAAAGAGAGGAUAAAGCCUCCAGUCUACAAAAAGAUUUUGCCUAAAGGGGAAAUUCAGAAAUUGAUCAUCACUGAAGAGACUGCAAAAGUACGCCCAUAUGCUGUAGCAGCAGUUCUCCGAAAUAUAAAGUUCACUAAAGACCGCUAUGACAGCUUCAUUGAGCUUCAGGAGAAGUUACAUCAGAACAUCUGCAGGAAAAGAGCAUUGGUUGCUAUUGGUACCCAUGAUUUGGAUACAUUGUCAGGACCGUUUACUUACACGGCAAAGCGGCCUUCAGAUAUCAAAUUCAAACCACUGAAUAAGACCAAGGAGCACACUGCUUGUGAACUAAUGAACAUGUACAAGACUGACAACCACCUUAAGCAUUAUUUGCAUAUCAUUGAGAAAAAACCCUUGUAUCCAGUUAUCUAUGAUAGCAAUGGUGUUGUCCUUUCAAUGCCUCCAAUCAUCAAUGGGAACCACUCCAAAAUCACACUGAAUACAAAAAAUGUGUUUGUGGAAUGCACAGGAACUGACUUUACCAAGACAAAAAUAGUGCUUGAUAUUAUCGUCACCAUGUUCAGUGAAUACUGUGAGAAUCCAUUUACGGUUGAAGCAGCUGAGGUCGUUUCCCCUAAUGGAAAAUCAAAUACCUUUCCUGAACUGGCUUACCGAAAGGAAGUGGUGAGAGCUGAUCUAAUUAACAAAAAAGUUGGAAUCAGAGAAACUCCAGAAAAUAUUGCCAAGCUUCUGACCAGGAUGUAUUUAAAAUCAGAAGUCAUAGGCGAUGGGAAUCAGAUCGAGAUCGAAAUCCCUCCUACUAGAGCUGACAUCAUGCACGCCUGUGAUAUAGUAGAAGAUGCAGCUAUUGCUUAUGGAUAUAACAACAUUCAGAUGACUCUCCCGAAAACAUACACCAUAGCUAAUCAAUUUCCUCUUAAUAAGCUCACAGAACUCCUACGACAUGACAUGGCUGCGGCUGGCUUCACUGAAGCACUGACCUUUGCUCUGUGUUCCAAGGAAGAUAUUGCUGACAAACUUGGUUUGGAUAUUUCUGCAACAAAGGCAGUACAAAUAAGUAAUCCUAAAACAGCUGAAUUUCAGGUGGCGCGCACUACCCUUCUGCCUGGCCUCCUGAAGACUAUAGCUUCAAAUCGGAAAAUGCCCCUUCCUCUGAAACUGUUUGAAAUAUCUGACAUCGUAAUAAAAGAUUCUAGCAAAGAUGUCGGUGCAAGAAACUGUAGGCAUCUCUGUGCUGUUUAUUACAAUAAGAAUCCUGGCUUUGAGAUAAUCCAUGGGCUGCUGGACAGAAUUAUGCAGUUGCUUGCAGUGCCUGCUGGCGAAAAGAAGGGAGGUUAUGUCAUGAAGGCUUCUCAAGGCUCUGCUUUUUUUCCUGGUCGUUGUGCCGAGAUCUUUGUCAAGGGCCAGAGCAUUGGGAAGCUGGGAGUUCUGCAUCCUGAUGUUAUCACCAAAUUUGAGCUGACCAUGCCUUGCUCCUCUGUGGAAAUCAAUAUUGAGCCGUUCCUGUGAUGCAAGCCACCAGCCGUUCUCUGCAGUGUCCCUUUCAUUGGCACCCAUGGGAGCAUUAUUCGAGCUUUAACAUUUAAUAAAAUUGAAAGUAUCGACUGCC